UUUCAGGUGAUUAAAGCGGCCCAGCCACCGCUAUGGGUAGGGCAUGGAGCGGAACAUCCAGCUACCAAAGUCUCAUAUCUGCUUAUGUCGAUCAAACUACCACACAUGGUGUGCGCAAAAUCACAAGUAGCCGCAAUACUGGACGGAAAGUUUUUUGGAUAUUUAUAUUCUUGUCGUCGCUCAGUGGUUGUUGUUACCAUUGCAGCUACCUCAUUACUAUGUUCGCCAGCAGUCCUAAAGUGACCAUCACAGAAGAGAAGGAUGCAAAUCAAGUAGAAUUUCCAGCACUUACAGUUUGCAACCUCAACAUCAUUAAGAAGUCAUACGCAGAGGUUUAUUUUGAGCUAACAUCUAAGAAGACAAAAGGUGCAAAAAUAGGAAUCAACGCAAGUAACAUAGAAAUUCCGAAAUCUGUCAAAAAUUUAUCCAUUUGCUAUCAGUCUGAGCAUGAGUUAAUUGAACAAAGUGCUGCAGAUCUCAGCGACACCUGGUUGAAUUUAGGAAUUACUAAGGACAACCUCUCCAGGUACGGACACAGGGCAUCCGAUCUCAUCAUCCAGUGUACCUAUAACAGUAAAGACUGCUAUGAUGAUAAAGCGGCGUUUCGAACAGUACUUACCAAUGUGACGUCUCCCAUAUUUGGACUCUGUCACACUUUAUCUAUACGGAACAAGGAAACCAACAAUCCUACUAUGAUAAAGAAAGGAGGAACAACGCAAGGUAUUCGUCUGACUUUAAAUAUUGAGAGAGAUCAGUAUUGGGACUUAAUCUCCUCGGAAUUUGGAGUUCGCCUACUUGUUCACCCCCAAGGGACAUAUCCUACUUUGCAAAGGGGUGGCAUCAUCGUAAGUCCGGGAAGGAGUGUCCAUAUUGGAGUCAAAAGGAAAGUGAGUAGACUUCUGCCAGGGCGUGAGAGGACCUGCACUGAAACAUUCGAGGAUUCAUUGCUCAUCCCCACUCUAAAAGCUGCUGGCCUUGACUUCGACCUUUCUGAUAUCAAGUAUACCUAUGAACAUUGUAAUACUCUCUGUCAGAAUACUCUCCUUUUCGACCAGUGCGAUUGCCUCGAUGAACAGCCGAGAACUGCGAUUGGUCAUUCUGUAGGCUGGAAAUUCUGUAACCCAUGUAAUAAAACACAAUCAAAAUGUAGAAGCACCGUUCUUAGAAAUUUUAGCGACAAUGGAAGCGUCUGCGAUGAGAUAUGCAAGCCAGCAUGCAGGUCUAUCCGAUACGACGUUUCAUUGUCAAAAGCCGACUGGCCCAACCUUGGCCACCAACAGUUAGUCAUGAAUAGAUCACGUGAUCAGUGGAACCACCUUCCUGAAGCAUUGGGACUUUUGGACUUACCGUUCGAUGACGCCAACAUUUCAGACUAUGUCAAUGAAACAUUUUUCAGCGAAAAUCUUUUACGAGUGCACCUGUUUAUAGAAGAAAUGAUUUAUAUGUCUGUAGAAGAAGAGUAUAGUUACCAGUUACCAAAGUUGAUGGCCGACUUAGGAGGAUGUUUAGGUCUUUAUUUAGGAGUUUCUGUUAUUUCGAUCAUUGAAAUUGUUGAGUUUUUUGGCUGCGCCACAAUCAUAUGUUUACUUCGCACCGGAAAUCAUUCCCGAGUUCAGUCCUCCAACGUUAUGAGAAAUGGUUCGUUAUCCAAGAGAAGACGGCGGAACAAAAACAGAGCACUGAAUGAAAAUAUUAGCUUGCCUUUCCUAAAUUACAGAAACUCGCAAAAAAGAAGUCAAGGAAAGAAAGUUCCAAGAGCCAGUGAGGAUAUAUGGAGACCAUCAGUAUUUUCCUAUCAAGAUCCAUAUUAUGAAGAUGACUCUGCGACUAAAAGACAUCAGAUUCGCCGUUUCUGAAAAAUUAAUAAUAUUAUGGGCAUGAAUAAUUCUUGUUAGCUAAUGAAAUAUGAACUUGUGUAAGUCGGCGAAGUCGUUAUACAGAUGUGAACCUUCACGCAACGCAUCAGAAGCUCUCAGCAUAAAAAAAUACUGUGCUUCUGAAACUCUUGAUGCAAAUUAAUACUUGAUGUGAAUUAAUAUUUAUGCAAUUCUUGAAGUGCCAAGUGAUAUUUGACUGUGAGCAAGAUUUUCAAUAGAUAAAAAUUUGUUACUCUCGUUCUGAUAUCGGAACUUUGAGUUGAAGCAUAAGACGCCAAAGGGAAGCCAAGCUUCAAGAAGAAGAAGAAGAUAUCGGAAUUAAUUAAAGUUUAAAAGUGUUCUUGUAUUUUCCAUGAAAGACACAUGCCUUUUUUUUUUUCAUGCAUAAGAUAUAAAUGGAGUGAUGUAUUUGUGCCUUCUUAUAGGUGUAUUGUAGAUUUAUCGUAAGUAUACUGUGGCUUUGUUGUAGGUCUUAUCAGGAAGACAUAUUAGUUGUUCACAAAAAGAAAUUUUGUGCGGAGGAUGUAAUCAUACAACUCCCAAAGUGUUUCUUUUACGAGAUUCCACCAUGAAGAGUCAGAGUUCAUAAAAUGCGAGUACAUUCAACUACGAAGUCUUUUAAAAUAGGUAUUAAAUAAGUGACACUGAAUAAUAAAUUCAUACUGAUAAUGUUGUUCGUAUAUUUGUUGUAAUAUGAAAUCACCUAGCUUGAUUUACGUAGCACAUACUAAAAUAAUUUGUGGGUCAAAAUUUUUGCAAAUAUCCCUUGAACAUGCAGUUAUUUAUACCAAGUGCAUUUAUUUUCUAAUAAAACUUUCAGUAGGACUCUUA